GUGACGUUGUCAGAGUGCGACAGACAGCUAGCUACGCAGUUGUGUGUUUGAUCGGAUUUGUUGGAAUUUUCCACUGCGAAGUUUGUUUAGAAUAAAGUUUGACAAGUUGUCUCUUAAGCAGGAAAGAAUAGCUCAAUCCAGGACCAACAGAGAGUCUUCUGCAGUUCCCGACAAACCGCAGUCAGGCUUAGUGUCGCAGUUUGUGUGGUUUUGGUCUUCGAGGAUGAGGUUAAUGGUAUGCUAGUUGUUAGCAUCGUUAGCUCAGAUUAGCUACAGAAAUCCUGUGUGGGUUUUGAUUUCGUCCUAAUGAUGGAGUAUCCUGGAGGAGGUGUAUUAAACAGCGGGAACGUCCCGGCCUUCCUAACGAAACUAUGGACCCUGGUGGAAGACCCGGACACCGAUCCGCUUAUCUGCUGGAGCCCGAGUGGAACCAGCUUUCAUGUGUUUGACCAAGGACGGUUCUCUAAAGAGGUUCUGCCAAAGUUCUUCAAGCACAACAACAUGGCCAGCUUCAUCCGACAGCUCAACAUGUAUGGUUUCCGUAAGGUGGUUCACAUUGAGCAAGGUGGUUUGGUGAAACCAGAGAAAGACGACACAGAGUUUGCGCACCCAUUCUUUAUUAGAGGACAAGAACACCUGCUGGAGAACAUCAAACGCAAAGUCACCAAUGUGUCGUCAGUCCGACAGGAAGAAGUGAAGAUCUGUACAGAGGAAGUGAGCAAGAUUCUGAGCGACGUGCAGCUGAUGAAGGGAAAACAGGAAACCAUUGACUCCAGAAUCAUCACUAUGAAACAUGAGAACGAGGCUCUAUGGAGGGAGGUGGCCAGUUUGAGACAGAAACAUACUCAGCAACAAAAAGUCGUCAACAAGCUGAUCCAGUUUUUGGUGUCCCUUGUCCAGACCAAUAGGAUCAUGGGAGUCAAGCGGAAGAUUCCUCUGAUGCUCAAUGACUCCACCUCUACCCACUCUAUGCCUAAAUACAGCCGGCCCUUCACAUUGGAGCAUCUGCAGUCUGCAGCCAGUCUAUUCCCAGCUGACUCCCCCCUGAAUUCUGGGCCGAUCAUCUCUGACAUUACAGAGGUUUCCACAUCCACCCCAGAUGGUGAAAUCUGUGAUUGGACUGACCCAGGAGAAAGCCAGUCAGUUGGUAUUAAAGAAGAGCCGUCCAGUCCUGAAGUGGAGGUGUGUCCUGUUUUGGAGGAUGAGCCUCCAAAUGUAGAAACCCCCUUCUCCCCGACCACCUUCAUCAACUCCAUCCUUCAGGAUGAGAUACAGCCAGCACCAGUUACGUCCACCACCACUACCACCGCCUCCACCACUGCCACCCCAGCAGCCAGCUCCAUUGUUGUGAUGAGCCCAUCUUCUACUGGGUUCCUCCCGUCAGCCCCAGUCAGCCAAUCACCUGACCUUGUUGCCCCCCCAAACUCUGCCUCAGCCUCCAUCCCCACCACACUUCAACAGAAAUGUCAAACCAUCGCCUGUAUUGACAGAUUCCUCCUUCCUCCCUCUGCAGGUGGACUCUCACCUGAAGUUUGGCGGGUCAUAUCAACACAACCUGACAAGUGUGAACUUUCUGAUCAUGUUGACAGCAUUGACAGCAGCUUGGAAAACCUACAGACUAUUUUGAACUCGCAAACUUUCUCCUUCGACACAUCUCCAGUAAUGGAAUUUUUCAGUUCGUCCAGUCCCUCUGCAGAGUUUGACCUUGAAAGUUUGGACACUCUGCUGUCUGAAGAAGCCCCAAAAGAAAAUGAAGGCCGUUCAGGGAAGCAGCUGGUGCAGUACACAGCCACACCUGUCCAAAUGUCUGAACCAGUCAGCCUGGCGGAUAGUGGCACUGACCUGCCAUCCCUGCUGGAGUUGGAGGGACAGCCUUUCUUCAGCACUGACACGACCACUGAUGAUCCAACCGACGUCCUGCUGAGCCACAAGCAAUUUGACUCUAACCUCUGACAUCACCAUGAGUGUGAUGACUUCUUAGUUACCCUAGCAACAGGACAGUGAACACUGACUCAGCAGCAGCAAUAGUUGAUGGCAAAAUCGAUUGGUUGAUCAAUCUUUAGGUCAGAAGUCAUAUUUUAGUCAAGCAGAUAUUAUUGAUCAAUAUUAAUACAUUUCUAUACUUGUUUUAUUUUACUCUUUUUGUUUAGUUUAGAUUUAGUUAAUUUUUCAUUGCUUAAAAACCCUUUGUUGCUUGCUUUAAAAAAAAACAAACAACAACAACAAAAAAAAAAACAAGAAAACAUGAGUCUGAGAUUCUCAGAGAACCAGGGUCACAUGUAUACCUGUUGCUCCAUUCAGGGACAAAUCUGAGAUCAGUCAGUAUGAAUGAUGUCACAGUGCAGGGGAGUCGGGUUAAUGUGACCUAUGUGCUCUCUGUGCAGUGCAUGUUAAAGUCAGAUUUUAUGGUUGUAUUUGUUUUCAUGUGUAGAAUUGAAAUAUAACAGAAUAUGAAUAUUUUUGGAAGAAUUUAUUACAGUGUAUACCAUCCUCUUUUCACUUCUGUUACCAUGGAAACUGCAGAGAAGAACACAUUGAUCCAGCCUGUUUUGUGGCUUUUUCCAUGGAUUGGGGUUCAAUCCAAUUCAGCCAAACCCUGUUGGAAUUUUUCUAUCACAGCUUCACAACUGUUUUAGCCUGACUCCUGAUGGUUGACCAGCUCCUGACAUUCUCCUCCACUCAGCCGCGACAGUGAAGGAGUGAAACUGUUUUAACUCUGGCAGAUGACCUGAAGCUCAGCUCAGCACAGCAGCCAAACGCUUUCUGUGUGGCACAGAUGGAACUGCAGCUUUGUUAAUGUGCUUUUUGGACUUUCAGUUGCAGUGGUAGACAAACUCCACUUAGACUUUCUUUUCUCAACUGUAGCACUCGCAAUCAAAAAGCCUUGUUGGAUCAGUAUUGGGUCUAAUUUGAUAAAUUCUGUAUCAGAUGAGGCUGAUCUAACGUAAGUUCUCAGUGUUUCCAUCAGUUUAUAUUUAUUCAGAUAAAUGUGGUUUUAGAUCAGUUUCAUACAGCGAGUUUACAUUUAGUAACUAAAUACAGAUAACAGGUCAUAUCUGUGUAUUGGCUGAUACUUUGGGUGGUUCAUGUAUCAGAUCAGUGUGUUUAGAAUCAGCAGGUUUGUGGCAUAAAUCUCUUCAGGACAUUGGGUGCCAAGUUUCAUUGGAAAGUGGGGAGACAAUCAUUUGUGACCUGAAACUUAGACAAGAACAUAAACUUUUAAGAUUUUGAAAUAUAGAAAAAAAACCUUCCGUUUUGAGAUCUUAUAAGCUGAAAAGGGCUCUGAACAGUCUGUAGAUUUUUUUUAUUUUUUGUGAAGAGACAUUUAAAGACAAGUGAUGCUCAAAUGUUAUUUCUCAGACACAAGAAACAUUUAAGGCACAGCUAUGUUCAACGAUGUUAAAGCUUCUCAAUGUUAAAAUCUUUUUGAAGUUGUUA